CUCAGAUAACAUGACUGAACUAGACACUUCUAAAGCCGAGCUUUCAGCACUACUACGUCCCGAUGAGACAAUAACCCCGGAUUCAGCGGAUUACCAACCGAACAUUCAGACAUGGGCGUCUCAGAAACAACUGAACCCUCGGCUUGUAAUUCGGCCCACCUCUGUCGAAUCUCUGAGUAAGGCAGUCGCCUACCUAUACUCCACGGGUCUCGACAUUGCGAUCUAUGGACGUGGUUUCAUGUCACCAUCCGCAAAGGAUGUCCUCAUCAAUACAACCGCCUUGAACGAUUUCCACUUCGACAAACACUCCGAGUUGGUGACCAUUGGCGCGGGUCAGACUUGGGCAGAGGUCUUUCGGAAACUGGGAGAAGUCGCACCAGAUUAUGGAGUCGUGGGAGCCCGCACCCCUUGUGUAGGGGUAGGAGGUACCAUUAUCAGCGGAGGCUUCUCGUGGCUCUCCGCUGAGCAUGGCUGUAUCUCCGACUCAGCCAACAUGCUGGAUGCCAGAGUCGUCAAGUAUGACGGCUCAGUUGUCUGGGCCUCUUCAGAACCCGAUCUAUUAUGGGCACUCCGUGGCGGCGGAGGUGGCUUUGGUGUGAUAGCUCAGGUUGUCCUCCGAGUCUUUCGAUACCCGCAGAAUAUCUGGGCUGGUCCGAUUCUGAUCCCCCGUGAGCAGCUCCAGGCGGCAGCAGAAGGUAUUGCGCAGUUCACCUCCAAACCGGUUGAUCCGAAGAUCACCAUGCUUCUAUAUGUUGUCAAGAAACGGCUGUUGGAAUCUAUUGGAACGGAUUCAGAUAUGCUGCUGGUUCAUGCGUUCGACGCCCAUGGUGAAGACCACGGCCGAGCUAGCUUCCAAUGGGCGCUGGACAUCCCCGGAGCGGUUGACCAGACGAAGAUAACCAAUUUGGCAGGUGUUGCUGAUUUACAAGACAAGGUGCAUACUGUCAAAGGUUCGAUGAAACAGUUUUGGUCACCUUUGAUGCUACGUGAAGUCACCAAGGAGACUAUAAUCAAUGCUAUAAAGUGGUCUGAGGACAUUCAACGCCUCGACCAGUCGCUCGGCGAUUGUACUUUUCUCAUCUUUGAGUUACUGAGCUCGCGCAACCCAGCGGGAUCAAUAACGAACUGUGCAUGGCCAAGGUCUACUGGAACGAAACAUGUUCUGGUCAUUGGCACCGGAUGUCCUUCUACCGCUGGGAAAGACAAAGAGUAUCUUGCGCGAGAUCUCGCCAUCCAUGCAGCCUCUAAAAUCCUAGGCGAAGAGGCCGAGAAGCAUUAUCUGCCGAAUGGUAUCGAGGAUUUCCAUGAUCCGAAGAAGAUCUGGGGACCCCAUUUCUCGCGGCUCCAGGGUUUGAGGAGACUGUACGACCCACGCAACAAAUUCAAAGGGGCUAUCAAUGCAUAAUCAUAAUGAAUCGGAAUGGAUGUUCUUUGCGGUUGUGCAUGACCCCGGCUAGCAUCACUUUGGGACAUAAGCUGAAGAGAGUGGUCGGAUUGAUCAAAUGAGGUCGUUGUACACUUUUCGGAGUAGAAUUACAUGCAAUGGAUUUACAUCAACCUGACCAGUAAGUCAUAUCAAGUGGCCUAGUACAAUAUAUUAGACAUAAUU